CUUAAAAAAUUUGGGGAAUGGCCGAGGAAAGCCGCAUCUUCUCCAAGCAUGUCAUGAAGGUUGUACCAUUCAUAGACUUGCAGGGCCGCGAAGAUAGGAAAGAUGCCGUCGCUUGAGUUCGCUUCAGACAUGUAAUCUGAUUUGGUCCGAGUCGUGGGUCCGCAGUAGUGUCCGGUGUCCUGAUAGUUAUUUCUGGAGUCUUGACAGUAGUCUUAUUGGGUGAUCACUAUAACGCUGAACCUUCACCUCGACUCCGAUGAGCUCACUACGUCUUAUUAGCAGCGUUGCGUCCAAGCGACAUUUAAGUUUGUCCCCCCUAUUAUGGCGCGCCUAUGCAACGCCUGCAACUUUCAAACUUCAAGAAAAAGACCCUCAACUAGGCGAUUACCCUGACCUUCCAUGGGUUUCCGACCAGGAACUUCCUGCUAGAGGCUGGUGGGAUCAACAGAUGCGACGGAACUUCGGUGACCCGAUACAAGAAUACGACGAAGUUCUGUCCAUGUGGGGACCUGAUGCUCCCCCGAUUCCUCCGCAUAAGGCUUUGUUUCAGCUUUCUCUCGCCUUCUCGGCAUUCGUUGGCUUUGGUUUCCUAUGCAAGUACGCGCUCGUUCCAGAGAGGCCAACCGUACCCCGGGAAUACCCGUACUCCGGCCUUGUACGUGAACUUGGCGGACUUGAAGAAAACAAGGCUAGAGAAGAGACUGAAGAGAUCGACGAGUAAUAAUGCGUUGUAACCUAGACUUCGCGUUUCUUAUCCGGGAGGCUUUCACUCUCACGCAUUUUGCUAUCUUUGCAUGAGCCUGCCAAUUCGCUACCGUUGAGUAACUG